UUUCGCCAAUCACAUUUCGAUGACCGUUACGUUUGAGCCAAUCAUCGAAGUUGAAAGGCGGGACACCUAUGUGACUAUAAAAAUCCGCUCGCAGUUGUGGUUCGAUACAGUUACCAACGUCACCAGGCAGAGGACUGAGCAAGCACCUCGAAAGAAAACGUCAGCAAACUCCUGAGAAAUGGCUCGUACUAAGCAGACGGCUCGUAAAUCCACCGGAGGAAAGGCGCCCAGGAAGCAGCUGGCCACAAAGGCCGCCAGGAAGAGUGCGCCAUCUACCGGCGGAGUCAAGAAGCCACACAGAUACAGGCCUGGCACCGUGGCUCUCCGUGAGAUCCGUCGGUACCAAAAGUCCACCGAGCUGCUGAUCAGGAAGCUUCCUUUCCAGCGUCUGGUGAGGGAAAUUGCGCAGGAUUUCAAGACUGAUUUGCGAUUCCAAAGCGCAGCCAUUGGAGCCCUGCAGGAGGCUAGUGAGGCUUACUUGGUGGGUCUGUUCGAAGACACCAACCUGUGCGCCAUCCACGCCAAGAGGGUGACCAUCAUGCCCAAGGACAUCCAGCUGGCCAGGCGAAUCAGAGGGGAACGCGCUUAAAUGUUUUUCAGGGUUGUUUAGUUGGUUUUGUAAAUUGUGAAAAUUUUUAGGUUCCAAUGUGUCAUGUUUGUAUUUUUUUUUUUUAAACUUUCACUAUAGUCGUGUUUAAUCUUAUGAUAAAACUUCAGAAUCUUUUCUCAUAGCUUGACUUUUUUCGUCAUCCUGUGUGUGCAUGCCAUGGGAUUUUCUUGUAAAUAAACUUUCCACUACCUCA